ACGUCUCCUUUAUCAAAUCAUGUGUGCACAGCAAACAUUGUAACUGGCUUUGGAAGAACAAAAAAAAGUUUGCACGAAAACGUUUCUCUUCACUCAAGGCGGUUGGAUUCAAUGAAAGGUUUGACGUCAGGACAAAAGGAAAGAAUGGAAGAGAUUGACGUCACUCCUUCUCCCUCAAGCUUCUCAUCCUACCUCAAAAGGGGAUCGAACGGAUCUUCUCAAGCAGAGGAAGUGAUGCACAUCGUAGCCGCUGCUGUCUACACCCUCAUCUUCCUGCUGGGCACCACCGGAAAUGGCCUGGUCAUCUGGAUCACUGGUUUCAAGAUGUCCCGAACAGUCAACACCAUCUGGUUUCUCAACCUGGCCAUCGCCGAUUUCAUUUUUGCUGCCCUGCGGCCUUUUGCAGUGGUCAGGGAAGCGAUGAGGUCGCAUUGGCCCUUUGGCUCAACUCUCUGCAAGGUCAACGGCUUUGUUAAGUACCUUAACAUGUACGCCAGCGUCUUCAUCUUGACAACUAUCAGCAUUGACCGCUACGUUUUGGUGGUUCACCCUGUUUGGUCGAGAAACAACCGGUCCACUAGAAAGGCUUCCAUCAUCACGGUAGUUGUGUGGAUCAUUGCCACCUUCUUCAGUGUGCCUUAUAUAUUUCUGAGAGAUGCAGUGAUGGAUUCAAGAGAUCACAACAAGACAAGAUGCGACUUCAGCUUUCUCGAGGGCUCUGAUGAUAAAAGGAGAAUCAAUCUGGCUUUGUAUGUUACUCGCUUCACCUUUGGAUUUCUAGUACCCUUUUUGGUCAUAACCACCUGCUAUGUGAUUAUUUGCUUGAAGAUCAAAGACAGAAACUGGUCCAAUUCAAACCGGCCCUUCAUAAUCAUAGUGGCUACCAUCGUCACCUUCUUUGUGUGCUGGAUGCCCUACCACGUCUUCAACUUUUUGAAGACUACCAACCUCCCGAAGCAGUUUCUCAAAGUUGGCUACAGGAUAUCCACCAGCAUAGCCUACCUUAACAGCUGCCUCAACCCUCUUAUGUACCUUUUUGUGGGCUACAGUUUCAGAAAAAGGGCAGGUGUAUCUCUUCUUUCAGCCCUCAAGAGUGUUUUUGCUGAUGACCCAAACCAGGCAAAAGUGAACUUAAGUUCUGAAAGCGUACGUCUGACGCUGCGUAAAAUGACCGAUACAUUCACUAGUAAAGAAUAACUGUUGACUGUGCUCUGCUGUUGCCAAGCAAGUUGCCCAUCAUUUGAAAGGUCCAGUCCUUCACCCAUGACAAAUCUUCAUUGCUGGCACUGCCUCACGUAGCAGACCAUUGUCAUUUUAAUUAAAACAACAGCCUAAACAUCCAAGUCCUGUACUGUCAACUUUCUAAAUACAUGUUGCUGUUAAACCAGCGUUUAUUUUACUAAGUAUUUAUUCACAAUAGAUUGGGACAUGAGAAAAGGUAAGGAAUCCAGCAUUUGCUAAGGAUAGUUGUGGCAUUUCAUGAAAUGUUGUAAACCUAGAGAUUGGUAGUUUAUUUGACCUCUGCUGCACUUACAUAAAUUGUUUGUGUUCAUUCUGUUUCAUGUUUUUUUUUUUUUUUUAAUGUUUUUUUUAAAAGGUUAACUGGCAUAAAGUCAGUGUAAAGAAGUAGUCGAGCUGGUAGUCUGAAUAAAACAGUCAUUUUGAAGUUGUCACAUGGCCUUGGUAUAGGUCAAACACUCUGCAGCCAGGUCUCUCCUGAUAACUACUUUAUCAGUCAAAUGAAUGAAAAUGAAAAGUCAUGACUCAAACUGAGAACUCUUCAGCUAAACUAGCUGUAAUCUAAUAAAGCCACAAGGAAAUGACGAUUAGCUGUAUGGAUUUCUGGUUGAGUCUACCAAGUUUGAUUUCAUUGCAUAGUUGAUUAAUGAGCAGAGUACUGUACAUCGGUAUAUUAAUAUCAGAUGUUGACAACUUCAGAUGACAUGCACUUGCAUAUUACAUUUUCAAGUUGUAUUUGUGUUUGUCUCCCAAUGUACUGCAUACAAUAUUGUACAGUAAUUGCACGACUGGCAUACUCUGUGAAAAAGAAAUACCUCAUUGCUUUGCUACCCCAUGUGACCACUGAAAUGUGUUGUUAAAUAAAAUUUUACCAAAAAAAAAAAAAAAAAUUCAUUUUGGGGUUCCAUUUAAAUUUAGCUGCAGGACAAAAAUAAAUGUGUGUGCUGAUACUUGUAAACAUAAUUGCCUUUAAUAACUUUAUAGGUUUUAAAUAAAUCUAUUCAUGUGCUGAAUACAAAAUGAGAAAAGCUGUCCUUCCCUCACCUUUACA